AUGUCAGACGCAAUUAGAGCUCAACUUGACGAACUCCUUGGUAAAGAUAGAAAUAUGUUGCCAAAGGAGAGAGCAAAGAGACAACCUCAUUUCUCGGAUCAUGAAAUAUGUAAAUAUUUUCUAUGUGGUUUGUGUCCAAACGAAUUAUUCACCAAUACAAAUAUACGUGAUUUAGGACCUUGUACAAAGCUACACGAUGAAGAUUGUCUUAAACAAUAUAAUGCAUCAAAAGAUAAAGAUCAAUAUGAUUAUGAAAGAGAUUGGGUUAGAUUGAUGGAUCAAAUCAUAACUGAUAACGAUAAAAAGUAUGGUUUAAUAAAAAAUGAAUAUAUCCAUGAACAACUUGUAACUAAUAAUAAAACAUGUUUAUAUAGAGUUAAGAAAAAUAAGGAAAGAUUGAUUCUUGAUGCAGCCAAGUUGGCUGCUGAAGAGGGUCUGCAAGAUACUCCAAGUGAACUAAAGGUAGCUAUCACUCAGAUGGAAGAGAGAAUUCAAGCGUUGCUCAAAAAGUCAGAGGAACUCGGAGAGGAGGGUCAGAUCACCGAAGCACAGGAUAUGAUGACUCAAGCCGAAGACCUAAAGAAACAAAAGGCAGAGAUGCAGAUCGAGGAGGAUGCCCGCUCCCACGAUAAAAAGAUGUCGGUAUGUGAUAUUUGUGGUGCACUUUUAUUUGUAGGUGAUAAGGAGAAGCGUUCAAUGAGUCAUCUCGAAGGUAAGAAGCAUGUCGGGUACGCCAAGCUGAGAGCACACAUGGAGGAAUACUACAAGACCGCCAAGAGAGACUAUCGUCUACCACGACGUGACAAUUACAACAAUAAUAACAGAGACUAUAAUAAUAAUAGCAAUAGAGAUAAUAACAGCAGCAAUAACUAUAGAGAUCGUGAUGGAAGAAGAAGCGAUUACGGUGGUGGUGGAAGUGGCGGUGGUAGAUAUCGCGACAGCAGAGAUAGAGACAGCAGAGAUGGCAGAGACAGUAGAGGAUCACCGUACAGCAGAGACAGAAGAGGUGGUGGCGACUACAACAGAGAGUAUCGCGACAGAGACAGCAGAAAUCAUAGAGAAGAAAGAGAUCGUGAACGUGACAGAGAGCGUGAAAGAGAUGAUAGAUCAUACGAUCGUGAUUACGACCAAAGAGAUCACGACAGAAGAUACUAG